GACUAGCAACUACCCAAUCAGACACCAUGGUGAAUCUGACUGCUGCUGAGAAGACACAAGUCACCAACCUGUGGGGCAAGGUGAAUGUGAAAGAGCUUGGUGGUGAGGCCCUGAGCAGGCUGCUGGUGGUCUACCCAUGGACCCGGAGGUUCUUUGAACACUUUGGGGACCUGUCCACUGCUGAAGCUGUCCUGCACAACGCUAAAGUGCUGGCCCAUGGCGAGAAAGUGUUGACCUCCUUUGGUGAGGGCCUGAAGCACCUGGACAACCUCAAGGGCACCUUUGCCGAUCUGAGCGAGCUGCACUGUGACAAGCUGCACGUGGAUCCUGAGAAUUUCAGGCUCCUGGGCAAUGUGCUGGUGAUUGUCCUGGCCCGCCACUUUGGCAAGGAAUUCACCCCAGAUGUUCAGGCUGCCUAUGAGAAGGUUGUGGCUGGUGUGGCGAAUGCCCUGGCUCACAAAUACCACUGAGAUCCUGGCCUGUUCCU